UUAUAAAAGGAGAAUGGAGCAUCACAGCUUGCAACACAACAGGAUCAGCGGCGCUUGAUUCAAAAAGUUUAAGGAGCAUGAGUAGAUUUUUUUAAUCCAUUUGCACUUGACUUUUGCACAAAUAAUUUUUGUCUGCUUUUGAAAGAAAUUCUCCAUUUGGUCUUAAACAAUGAACUUUAACAAUUAUGAAACCACCAGUGAAAAGGCACGUCUCCACAGCAAGUGCCAGAUGGGAGACCAGGAACAAAGACACCAGAUGAGAGCCUGCACCUCCCUGAUGAAGACCUUCUUUGUGUGCCUGCUGGCCUCCUUUGUGACCAUAACGCUUGGGGUCUCCUUAGUUCUCUUCACCCCUUCUCUGAGGCUACCCAAUAAGGAGAAACCUGAGGAAAGCAGCAAGCUGCUGAGCUCGAAUCCUCCAGUUGACCCCAAAUUCAAGUACUUGAAUCAGAUGGAGAAAACAAAGAAAUUUGUAUUGUCAGGCGGAGUGGUCCAAUGGGCAAGGUAUCGGAAGAACCCCAAAGACUACGACACCAAAGAAGAGGAGGAGUUUGGCAGCAGUAUCAAUGCCAAUGAUGCUAAAAUGACCGCCUCCACUUUGUUGAUUAAGCCCAAUGGGUGUCGUGUUCCCCAUUGGCACUUCAAUGCUAAUGAGCACGGGUUCCUGGCAACGGGAACAGUAUGGAUCGGUAUCCUGGACUCGGCUCCCUUCUCCGUGACGUCUUACAAUGUGACGGCUGGGCAGGUCAUCUUCCUCCCCAGGAGCACCCUGCACUGGAUGAAGUGUGUGGGGCAGGAGGACUGCUUGUUUGUGCUGUUCUUCACCACUCACGAAGAGCUUGUCACCCGUGACGUAGAUGACGUGUUUUAUGCCACACCGCAGGACAUUGCCGCUCGGUCCCUUAAGCCAGCUGGUGGGGUGGACUUCAUCAGGUCCUUUAAGCAACCUGCAGAGAACCAGGCAGUCAACCUUCCUCCCAAUCUCAAUGAGCUGGUGAGGAAGGCCAGCUAUACACAGUCUAGGGACUUCCUUGUGGCAAGAUACUUUUAUGACCUGAAAGCUUCCAAGCAGUACAGGUAUCCCGGUGGAAUCAUACAGUGGGCAAGAUAUACUAAAGACCAGACCGGACUUUCUAGAAAUGAAAUUAUAUUUGCUAAAUCUCUCAAUGAGCAUGAGGACACUGUAACCAUUGCUACAAUGAGGAUCUUCACUAAUGGGAUGCGGCAACCCCACUAUCAUUUCAAUGCCAAUGAAAUGGGUUAUGUGCUUAGUGGCUGUGGGAAGGUUGGUGUCGUUGGCAGGGAUGUGGUUAACUUUGACAUUGAGAAGGGGGAUGUCUUUUUCUUCCCUCACGGCACUCACCAUUACAUUAAGAGCACAUGUGAUGAGGACUUGCUCCUGGUCAUUGCAUACAGCACUGGCAAUGAGCUGCAAACCUUGGAUAUGAAUAUUUACUUCCAGUCCACAGCUGACUUCAUCUUAGCCCAGCUUUUCCUGAAGAAACAAGAUGAAUUCCAGAAAAUCCCCACCUUCAAGGAACCCCAAGACAUUAACUUGCCAUGAAAACUAACUUGCAAAGAGCCCUAAAGACUUUGUUUAGAACAAUACAUUUGAAGUAAUAGACAAGAGCAGAAAAGAUCAACAGCCAUGCAGUAUUGUGUUUUUAAUUGCAUUUCGAGUGAUUUAAAAUUAAAUUUCCAAGUGUAAUUCCAGAAAACCCAGAAUGUGAUUUGGGUUUUCAAAGCUAUGUUAAGAGAGAUAAGGAGGUCUACACCUAUUAAUUUCAUGGAAUGUUCCCAAAUAACAUAGCACUAUUCUGAGUGAUAAAAAUCUCAGUACAAGAAUAGCAAAAUGUCCCACUUUAAUUAGUCAUUUCUACACAGUGCUGUUUUUAGCUUCAUCAGAUUUAUCACCAUCAUAUCAAAGAAUGUUUUAUUACCUUUUUGGCUAUCACAGCUGGAUAAGCACAGCCUGUCCUUAUAAUUCUACAUUCAUUUGUAUUAUUCUGUUGCUAAUAGUCCAAGCUUUUAUUACAGCUGGCGGUGGGCACUAAAUGCUUUGCUUAUUCCUUGUGUAUUUAUACUUGUUAAGCAGAGAAUAUAAGAUUAAUGAAAGAAAAGGCCUGGUGGUUUUAGAAGCUCAAUUACAGGUUGGACUUUGCAGUUCAUUAUGUUCACUUCUGCUUUUGAUCAACAGAAAAAUAGCGCUUUGAAACAUUUUACCUUGUAUCUGCACUUUUCCAGUUGGAAUAAAAUACGGUAUAAAUGCA